AGGGCCCUCUGCCGCCCGCGAGACACAAACCGGAAGCGGGCUGCACUUCCGCUUCCGGGGAGGCGGGGCCACCGCCGGUUUUGGCUAUGGCGCGGCCGGUGCGGGCCAAGAAGCCAGUUGAUUAUUCCCAGUUUGGAGACUCUGAUAAUGAUGGCGACGACGAUUUUGUUUCUUCGGCUGCCCCGUCCAACAAAAGAUCCAGGCUGUCCUUGAAGGAGGGAGGCCGAGGCAGCCAGGAAAAGCCCAAGCUGAAAAGGCCCCAGAAGGAACAGGUCCCGCAAGAGAAGAGGGUGUCACUAGAUGACAAGCUCUUCCAGAGAAGCUUAGAGGUCGCCCUAGCUUUGUCAGCCAAAGAACCGUCUGCUUGCAGUGCUGGCCUGCAGGAAUCUCGAGGUAAAGGGGAUUCCCGCUUCCCAGGUGCUGAGAAAUGGAAUGAUGCAGCCGAGCAAGGCCCAGGACAGCGUCUCCCUCAUCUCUCCAACUGCAGCGUUGCUGGCGACUGCUUAGGGCUGGAUGCAAUUACUGCUGGGGAUGGUUCUCAGCAGCAAGAAGGAAGGGCUGAAAGCCCGGCGCCUUCGCGGACGCUGACGGGAGGAGGCGGAUCAGGAGGCUCCGAGUCGGACUUCACAGCUGAAGACUCGGAGGAGGAGGAAGACUUCAGUGAGGAGGAGGAUGAAGACUUCUCAGUGAAGAGGAACAAGGCCAGAGGACGGAACAAGAAGAGUCCUGUCGUCAAGGUUCCCACAGAAAAGAAAGUGGGGAAAGCCACCAAGUCCAAGUCUAAGGUGUCAGUGACCGUAGCCGGUUCAGAAGGUCCCCUAUCCGUCCGAGACCCCAGCGAGCCUAUGGCCAACGGGACCCGGGUCUCAUCCGAGCCGGCGAGGAAGCCGUCGGCAGCCCCCAGCACCUCUCCUGAGAAUCGGAGGCCCAAGUGGGUCCCACCGGCCACAUCGGGAAACCGCAGCCACUGUCCCGCGCCACCGACUGCCUCUGUCAAGUCUCCGAGCCAGAGUCUCCGACUCGGCCUGUCCAGGCUGGCGCGUGUCAAGCCCCUGCACCCGGGAGCGGCGAGUAGCUGAGCCCCAGGUGGGGAGAGGCACCCCCCCCAGGCUGGGGAGGCCGAGCUGUGAGCCUGCACCGAUCCUGGACCCGGGGGACGGCCGGGCCGCGACCGUCCACUGGCUCCAUUGCCCUCCCCAGUGUCCUCGGAGCUCCCGCCAGUCCCGCGAGGGAGGACUCGCCUGCGGCCCGCUGCCCAGCACCACCCAGGCGGCUCCCAUCUUGUUCCGAGAGGCUGCGGUUUCGGGGCAAAAAUGCCCUCCCCACCCCCGUUUUAACGGGGAAUGAAAUAUUUACCUCGGCAGCUUAGAGACCCGUGCGAGGGGGCUGCCGGUCGUUGGCAGACGUGGUGAUAGUGGACUGUGCUCACCGCCUGCAGUACUGGGGGUGGAGGCGGGGUUCCCUGCAACCUGGACCAGGUCUCAGACGUCGGGGGCAUGGGGAGCGUAAUUGCGCGCUCCUUCUCUCAACCCGGGGCCCUUUCCUCCAUUCCAGCCUUUCUGCCCACCGAACCUGGGGGCCGGCCCAACCCCCAGAUCCAUUCUCCUGCCUGCGGCCAGGUGCCGGGUGGGACCCUGCCUGCUGGGUCCUAAUUUCGCCCACUCCGGGUCAGGCCCACCCUCGCGAUGCCGGGCAGCAGCUUGGCAGAGAACCAGAUCCGGAGGUGACCCGGGCAACGGGAACUGAGGAGACCAGGUGUUAACGUGGGCCCGGUUGAUGCACGCACCUGUGUGAUUUGGGAGGUGAGGGGGGCUCACCCUCCGUGCCGAGGGGGCUGUUGCAGUCCAGCGCUGGUCCUCUCGUACCUGGUAACGUACUUGGCCCGUAGCGGACCCUCCUCCUCUCACCUCCAGCACAGCUCUCCGUUGUCUCGCUCCUCCUCGGGCUGGACGAGGGCCGCUUGGUCACACCUCUCCGCCUCUGCUGCUCUGCCUUCCUGCCACAUUGCGCUCUUCCCCUUCGUGAAGAAAUAAAGUCUUUGAGUUUUAAGGCCC